CCAGUCGCGCGCUCUGUCUCUCCUCUCCCUUUCUCGCCUACUCCAUCACUGCAAGAAAGAUCAAAACUUGCUUCGCCUCGCUGCGCGUCUUCGUCUCAACCGACAACAACCUCUCAAUCUCUCUCCCUUGUUGAAGCACCAUCGGUGAGAUAUCUUGGCGCUCCUCAAGUGCAAGAAGAAGGGCAUUCUUCUCGCUCGCGGGAUUGGGUUUUUUUUGGGUGUGGGAAAAUAGGAGAAAAAGGUUGGGAGAUUUUUUAGAAGGUGUGGGAAACAAUCAAAAGGAAGUUGCGUUCGGAUGGCUUUCCGUCUGAUUUCUUCAUAGAUAAGGUUCGGAAUUCCUGAUUUUGCGUUAUGUAGUUGGACUAAUUUGAAAGUUUGUGCCGUGGAAUUGAUAUUUGGGUCGUUUCUGUACGUGAAGGUUUUAGGAGACAAGAUAAAGAAGGAGCUGUCAAGAAUCGAGACAGCUCUGCACCACAAAUCUCUGACUUUUUCAUGGAAUCUGCAAAUGAAAUUUGUCAACAAGAGCCUCUAGCCCAAGUUGAGGUUGAACCCAUUGUUAAGAAAUCACAACGGGGUGGCAACUUCAAUGUUUAUGAAGACAAUUUGCUUGUGUCGGCGUGGAUUAAUAUUAAUAUUAGCUUGAAUCCGGUGGAAGGAAAUGAGCAAAAACACAAGAAAUAUUGGAAUAGAAUUUGGGAGUACUUUCACGAGCACAAGAACUUUACAUCUGGACGUUCUCCGAACUCUCUAAUGAAUCGGUGGUCAACGAUUCAACUUGCGAUAAUUAAGUUUUGUGGGUACUUAGCCCAAGUUGAAUCAAGGCAACAAAGUGGUGUGAGUGAGCAAGACAAGAUUUGCAAGGCAAAACUUAUGUAUCAAGAACUCCAAUCAACAACAUUCCACUUUGAACAUUGUUGGAAUGUGUUGAGGUUUCAUCCAAAAUGGGUGGCGCAUAUGCAAAGUGCAAAAUUGAGGAAAAGAUCAGUUGUGACAUCUUCUCCUUCUACUCCGGAUCCGAUAAAUCUAGGAGAAGACGAGGUCCCAAACGAAACGUUUGUAGCCUUGGAGCAACCAAUAGGCCGGGAAACCGAAAAUGACAAACGAAAAAGAAAAGAAAGAACGAAUUCGGAUGUUACUGUGAUACUAAAUGAGAUAGUGGAAGACAAGAAGAAAACAGAACUUUUUGUUGAAGCACGUGAUCAAGAGAAAGAGAUGCUUCAUCUUAUACAAGAGGACGUGCACAAUAAUCGAGAAACGCUUCAGUUAGAACAAGCGAGAGAGGAGGAAUUUUGUAAUUGGACUCCGGAUCCGAUAAAUCUAGGGGAAGAAGAGGUCUCACACGAAACUUUUGUAAAUUUGGAGCGACCAAUAAGCCGGAAAGUCGAAAAGGACAAACGAAAGAGAAAAGAAAGAUCAAAUUCGGAUGUUAUUGUGAUACUAAAUGAAAUAAAGGAAGACAAGAAGAAGAAAACAAAACUUUUUGAGGAAGCACGUGAUCAAGAGAAAGAGAUGCUUCGUCUUAUGCAAGAGGACGUGCGCAUUAAACAAGAGAAAGUAUGCAUUAAACAAGAGGAAGUGCGCAUUAAGCGAGAAACGCUUUGGUUGGAGCAAGCGAGAGAAGAAGACAAACUUAUGUUGAUGGAUACAAGUGGCAUGUCUCAAAUGCAACAAGAAUAUUUUCAUGGACGCAAAAUGGAAAUCCUUGAAAGUCGAAGUAGGAGUAAAUAGUGUAUUUUGAGCUGCAUUAUCUUUAAUUUUAUCAUGUCUCAACUCAUUAACUUAGCUGCAUUAUCUUUAAUUUUAAGCCCACUUUCACUCCUUAAGUUGUAUGGUUUUGACAUGUAUUUUAACAUUGACGGUGCUACUUUGGGAACUUUUGGUUGAGUCUCUGAAAUUUUUUGAUUGUAUGCUUCUUAAGAUCUAUUGUUUUUGAACUUCUG